GCCGCAGAUGGAGCCUCCCCCUGGCGCCGCAGAAAAUUCUAAGCUGAGGCAUGUAGAAAAAGAUGUUUUGAUUCCCCAAAUAAUGAGGGAGCGAGCCAAGGAGCGUUGUUCAGAUAAAGUGCAAGCAUUUACUAAAUGCUGUCAAGAAACUGGUCUCCUUAUGGUAGUGAAGUGUCGGCAAGAGAACUCAGCACUGAAAGACUGUCUGGUUGGCUACUAUUCUGAUCCAUUAUUCUAUGAAGAAUGCAAAGCAGAGUAUUUGAAGCAAAGAGAAGAAUACAGAGCAACUGGAAUUAAGAAAAAAAAACAGAAGUUUACUUCAAAUAUGUAGUUAAAAUGUAAAAGUAACAUUUCAGAUUUUAUAUCCAACUUUAAUUUAAAUCAUCUGUACCCCUGUGUGGAAUUUAACACAAAAUGAGAUGAAGAAAAUAAUGUCUGAACUUCAAAUCUUUCUGCAAAUAAAGAUGCCAUGCAUGCAAUGAAGUUGCAAAAUUCUUUGCCUGUUUGGACUUGA